AUGGCUGCCACCGGAGUCCUUCCCUUUAUCAGGGGGGUAGACCUGAGUGGUAAUGACUUUAAGGGUGGUUAUUUUCCUGAACAUGUCAAGAGUAUGAGCAGCCUACGAUGGCUGAAGCUCAACAGAACAGGACUGUGUUACCUCCCAGAAGAGCUGGCCUCUCUGCAGAAGCUGGAGCACCUUUCAGUAAGUCACAACAGCCUCACCACGUUACAUGGGGAACUCUCUGGCUUGCCAAACUUAAGGGCUGUGGUGGCCCGAGCUAACAACUUAAAAAACUCAGGUGUCCCGGAUGACAUCUUUCAGCUUGAUGACCUGUCUGUGCUAGAUCUGAGCUUUAAUCAGCUGACGGAGAUCCCCCGAGACCUGGAGAACAGCAGGAACAUGCUUGUGCUCAAUCUAAGUCACAACGGCAUUGACUCUAUUCCCAAUCAGCUGUUUAUCAACCUGACGGACUUGCUCUAUCUGGACCUGAGCGACAACAAGCUGGACAGCCUGCCUCCUCAGAUGAGACGCCUGGUGCAUCUGCAGACCCUCAUCCUGAACAACAACCCCCUGAUGCACGCUCAGCUGCGACAGCUACCAGCCAUGGUGGCACUACAGACUCUGCACCUGCGGAACACCCAGAGGACUCAGAGCAACAUGCCCACCAGCUUGGAGGCCCUGACCCUUUUAGCAGAUGUUGACCUGUCCUGUAAUGACCUGACCCGGGUGCCUGAGUGCCUGUACUCUCUGAGCAGUUUAAAGAGACUAAACUUGAGUAGCAACCAGAUUUCUGAGCUCUCCCUUUGCAUCGACCAGUGGAUCCAGUUAGAAACACUCAACCUGAGUCGCAAUCAGCUCACCUCUUUGCCUUCAGCCAUCUGUAAAUUGUCCAAGCUGAAGAAACUGUACGUCAACUCAAACAAACUGGAUUUUGAUGGCGUUCCACCUGGUGUGGGCAAACUUUCUAGUCUCACUGAGUUUAUGGCAGCCAACAAUAACUUGGAGCUAAUUCCUGAAGGCCUUUGUAGAUGCGGAAAGCUGAAGAAAUUGGUUCUUAACAAAAACCGCCUGGUAACACUUCCUGAAGCCAUCCACUUUUUGACUGACUUGGAGGUCCUUGAUGUGCGGGAAAACCCAAAUCUAGUGAUGCCUCCCAAACCAGUGGAUCGGGGAUCAGAGUGGUACAAUAUCGACUUCUCACUGCAGAACCAGCUCCUUCUGGCCGGGGCUUCACCUGAUACUUUGGCAGCAGCUGGAGGAGGGGCAAGUCCCCGAGAUCAUUUAGCACGGAAGAUGAGGCUGAGGAGGAGAAAAGACUGUUCGCAGGAUGAUCAAGCCAAACAGGUGCUGAAGGGCAUGAGCGAUGUAGCACAAGACAAGAAGAACCUGGAGGAAAACGGAGAUCCCAAAUAUGGCGACUUGAAAAUCCGCCGCUGGGACAAGAGUUUGGAGAAGCCACAAUUGGACUACUCAGAGUUCUUUCUGGAGGAUGUGGGACAGAUUCCUGGUGUAUCGGCGUGGCAGAUUGAGAAUUUCAUCCCGAUACAGAUUGACGAAACGUUCCAUGGCAAAUUUUACGAAGCCGACUGCUACAUUGUGCUCAAAACUUUCCUGGAUGACAACGGAGCGCUGAACUGGAACAUCUAUUACUGGAUAGGUCAGGAAGCCACUCUGGACAAAAAGGCCGGUGCCGCCAUACACGCUGUCAACUUGAGAAACUUUCUCGGAGCAGAAUGCAGAACAAUAAGGGAAGAGAUGGGAGACGAAAGCGAGGAGUUCAGCGCUGUGUUUAAUAACGAGAUCUCGUACAUCGAGGGAGGAACGGCGAGCGGAUUCUUCACUGUGGAGGAUACGCAUUAUCAAGUCAGAUUGUAUCGUGUUUAUGGCAAGAAAAACAUCAAAUUGGAGUCUGUCCCUGCAAAGGGGUCCUCGCUCGAUCCACGUUUCGUGUUCUUGUUGGACACUGGGCCUGAGAUUUUCAUCUGGAGAGGAGCCAAUGCUACACUUAGCGGCACCACAAAAGCAAGGUUGUUUGCAGAGAAGAUUAAUAAAAAUGAGCGCAAGGGUAAAGCAGAGAUCACAACUUUGAUGCAGAACCAGGAGCCUCCCACUUUCUGGGAGGUGAUGGGAGGGCAGCCCGAGGAGAUCAAGAGGCACGUAACCGACAAUUUCUCUCCCAUGAGGCCCAAACUGUACAAGGUGGGUCUUGGCCUUGGAUACUUGGAGCUGCCUCAGAUCAACUACAAGCUGUCUGUAGAACACAAGGACCACAAAGUCAAGCUGGAUACAUUACCAGAGCUGAGGCUGAUCCAGUCUCUGCUCGACACAAAGUGCGUGUACAUCCUGGACUGUUGGUCGGACGUGUUCAUCUGGAUCGGCAGGAAGUCUCCGCGCUUGGUCCGAGCCGCCGCCUUGAAACUGGGUCAGGAAAUCUGCUCCAUGCUGCACCGGCCCAAGCACGCCUGUGUCACACGCAACUUGGAAGGCACCGAAACUCAGGUGUUUAAGUCUAAAUUCAAGAACUGGGACGACGUUCUGAAGGUGGAUUACACCAGAGCAGCAGAGACUGUGCAACAGAAGGAUAACCUGCAGGGCAAGGUGAAGAAAGAUGCGGAGCAGAAAGACCAGAUGAAAGCCGACCUCACGGCUCUGUUCCUGCCCAGACAGCCCCCCAUGCCGCUCUCUGAGGCCGAACAGCUGAUGGAAGAGUGGAACGAGGACCUGGAUGGAAUGGAGGGCUUUGUGCUGGAAGGGAAGAAGUUUGCUCGGCUUCCAGAGGAGGAGUUCGGACACUUCUUCACUCAGGACUGCUAUGUGUUCUUAUGCAGAUACUGGGUUCCUGUUGAGUACGAGGAGGACGAGAAGGAUGAGAAGGACGAGAAGGACAAGGAGAAGAAGGAGGGAGGGGGAGGCAGAGCGGCGGCCGAGGAUGAGGAGGACAAGCAGCCGGAGGAGGACUUCCAGUGUGUGGUGUACUUCUGGCAGGGCAGGCAGGCCUCCAACAUGGGCUGGCUCACCUUCACCUUCUCCCUGCAGAAGAAGUUUGAGAGCCUUUUCCCGGGAAAGUUAAAGGUGGUGAGGAUGACACAGCAGCAGGAGAACCUCAAGUUCCUGUCUCACUUCAAAAGAAAGUUCAUCAUCCACAAAGGAAAGAGGAAACAGAAGACAGACUCUGCUCAGCCGUCGCUGUACCACAUCCGCACAAACGGCAGUGCACUUUGCACCAGAACGAUUCAGAUUGGGACAGAUUCCAGCAAUCUCAACUCUGAGUUCUGCUUCAUUCUCAAGGUGCCGUUCGAGAGCACAGACAAUCAGGGCAUCGUUUACACCUGGGUGGGCAGAGCUGCGGACCCCGACGAGGCCAAACUGGCAGAAGACAUAAUGAACUGCAUGUUCGACGACACCUACAGUAAACAGGUAAUCAAUGAAGGGGAGGAGCCGGAGAACUUCUUCUGGGUGGGAAUUGGUUCUCAGAAGGAAUAUGACGAAGACGCUGAUUAUAUGAAAUACGCCCGACUCUUCAGGUGUUCCAAUGAAAAAGGUUAUUUCUCUGUCUCUGAGAAGUGUUCAGACUUCUGUCAGGAUGACUUGGCAGACGAUGACAUCAUGCUUCUGGACAACGGCAAAGAGGUUUACAUGUGGGUGGGCAAUCAGACAAGCCAAGUGGAAAUCAAACUUAGUCUCAAAGCUUGCCAGGUUUAUAUCCAGCACAUGCGCGCCAAGGACACGGAGCACCCCAGGAAGCUCCGUCUGGUCCGGAAAGGGAACGAGCCACAGUGCUUCACACGCUGCUUCCACGCCUGGGGAGCGUUCAAAACACCUCUGGCAUAA